AACUUGUACAGCUGUAAUCUCAAGAUCCAAAUACCAGCCUGAGAGGCAACACCAUUAUAAAACCUGAAGCAAUUGUUCAAUAAUCACAACCAAGCAGCAGAGGGAUAACUAGUAAGUCCAUCAUAGUCCACUUAAUUACAUUUACAACACAGCUUCUCAUACACUGAAAAAAUAGUCUAAAAAAUGAACACCCAAUAUCUCACCCUUUGUUUUGUGUUAACUUUGCUCUCACACUUGGCUUUAGCAAUGACCUCAAAACUGAUUCCAGCCAUGUAUGUUUUUGGUGAUUCCCUUGUUGACAGUGGAAACAAUAACCAUCUUCCCAUAUUCAGUAGAGCAAAAUAUCUUCCUUAUGGUAUAGACUUCGGUGGCAAACCUACGGGUCGAUGUACUAAUGGAAAAACUGUGGUCGAUUACCUUGCAAUACAUCUAGGACUACCCUUUGUCCCUCCCUAUUUGGGUCUCUCAAAGCAUCAAAGGAAUAGAAUCACCACAGGCAUAAACUAUGCAUCUGCUGGUUCUGGCAUUUUGCCUGAAACCAACAACAGGACUUCUUUGUCACUUGACGAUCAAAUAAAGUUCUUCAAGAAGACUGUUAAGCAUAAUUUGCCAAAGCAAUACACUGAGAAACAUCAAUUGGAGAAGCAUUUAUCUGAAUCCUUAUUUUUUGUCUCUACCGGCGUGAAUGAUUACUUCCCAAAUGGAACUUUCCGUGGCAACAGCAAACUUGCUUCACUCCUCUUAAAUGAUAUAUUCCUACGAUUGCAGAGAAUGUAUAGCCUAGGAGCAAGAAGAUUUUUCAUAAACAACAUUCCACCAGCAGGUUGCUUUCCAUCAAAAGCUGUUCACACAAGGCCGAGAGGAAUAUGUGUAGAGAAAUUUAACAGGGCAAUCACCUCUUACAACAGAAGGUUACCUCAAAUACUCCAUGAGCUGCAGUCCAAGCUUCCAGGCUUCACCUUUAUACAUUCAGAUCUCAAUAGGUUCCUUAUAGAACUAAGGAAAACGGCAGAGAAUUAUGGCAUAGUGGAAACAUGGAAACCUUGCUGCCCCAAUACCAUUUAUGGUGAUCUCAUAUGUGGUCCUAAUGUUAUUCCUUGUCCAAAUAGAAACACUCAUCUUUUCUUUGAUGAUCACCCUUCUCAGAUCUCAAAUCAGAUUUAUACAAUUCGUUGCUUGAAUGAGGCAACCAUUUGCAAGCCUUCAGGCCUCAAAUUGUUCUAGCAUUCCUAGUUUGUAAUGUAUACAUUUUUGUAAUAAAUUGCAUGCUAAAAGUUUAAGUUAAAGUAACUUAACUAUCCAUUUGUUGCUUUUAAUUCAAGUACUUGUU